CGCGAAGCAGAGCUCCCUCCCUCCUCUCUCCUCUUCUUCUUCGUCGUGGUGUUGGUGUGGGGCAUCUCGCACCCCACCCAUCCCUGUCCUCCCGCUCGCCGGUGCGCGCGCUUUUCUAGGGUUUCCGCUGCCCCAGCCGCCAAUCCCGCUCACCUCUCGUCACCGGCGAUGGCGUCGGCGUCGGUGUCGGCCCCGGUGGCAGGGGCAGGGGCCGGGGGCGGGAAGGACGAGGAGCUCGCCGAUCUGGUGCGGCGCCUCAUGGACGCCCUCGCUCGCUACGCUGAUCGCCUGCCCUUCGACCUUGAUCGCCAGAAACUUCGUUCACUUACUACACUUGCUGCGAUCUCGAUCACACUUCUGUUUGCCUGGAAAAUGUUGAGAGCUCCUCAAGAGCAACCUCGGAGGCCUCGUAGGAGAGCUGCCCCAUCAUCUAGCAACACCAGCACUAGAUCGCGACCAGGUGCUUUAACCGUAGCAGAUGCUUGUUCAUCAGCAGAUUCAAGAGCACACGAAGCAGUCAACCAGCUUUUCCAGCCAGUAAAUCUGACUCUUGAGCAGCUUGUCAGGCAUAAGCUAAGCGAAGGGCGAAGGUUCACAUGCCGCUUGCUUGGUGUGAUUUUAGAAGAAACAGCUCCAGAGGAGCUUCAGAACCAUGUCACAGUGAAGCCUUCCGUGGUGGAGGUUCUCCUUGAGAUUGCAAAAUUCUGUGAUGUGUAUUUGAUGGAGCGCAUUCUUGAUGAUGAGAGUGAGGGAAAGGUUUUAUCGGCCCUGAGUGAAGCUGGGCUUUUUGGUGGUGGUGGCUUGAUAAAAGAUAAGGUUCUCUUCUGUAGCACGGAGAAUGGCCGUACAUCUUUUGUUCGGCAACUCGAGCCUGAUUGGCAUAUCGACACAAGUCCUGAAGUUGUUCACCAAUUAGCUAGGUUUAUCAAAUAUCAACUGCACAUCUCCCCGCAGCGACCUGAAAGAAUAGCAACCAAUGUUUUCACCGCUCCAAGCUUGGAACAGUAUUUUGGAGGCCUAGACCAGAGAUAAAGAGGUCAAACUCCAUCCAGGAAAUUGGCGGCGGCGGCGGAUUAGUGAGAAGGGAGGACGUCAUUGUUUUUUCUUUUCUCUGCUCGAAUGAUGGAACUCGUUUUUUUUCCUGUAUCAUGUGUAAAAGCCUGUGCUAUGUACCAGUAAUCCAUUGUUGUGCGAUAUGUAGUGCCUCAGAAUCUAUUCAAGGGAAAACAUAUGUAGUAGCAUACUUGUCGAAUCAGUUGUGUUAAUGUACAACUACAACCAAAAUAGCAUAGUUGCAAGUGC